AUGACAUCGACGGGGAAGGACGGCGGCGGGGCGCAGCACGCGCAGUAUGUGGGGCCCUACCGGCUGGAGAAGACGCUGGGCAAGGGGCAGACAGGCCUUGUGAAGCUGGGGAUUCACUGUGUCACGUGCCAGAAGGUGGCUAUUAAAAUUGUCAACCGGGAGAAGCUCAGCGAGUCUGUGCUGAUGAAGGUGGAGCGGGAGAUCGCCAUCCUGAAGCUCAUCGAACACCCUCAUGUUCUAAAGCUGCACGAUGUUUAUGAAAACAAAAAAUAUUUAUACCUGGUGCUAGAACACGUGUCUGGUGGGGAACUCUUCGACUACCUUGUCAAGAAGGGGAGGCUGACCCCCAAAGAGGCCCGGAAGUUCUUCCGGCAGAUCAUCUCCGCGCUAGACUUUUGCCACAGCCACUCCAUAUGCCACAGGGAUCUGAAGCCAGAGAACCUCCUACUGGAUGAGAAAAACAACAUCCGGAUCGCUGACUUCGGCAUGGCGUCGCUGCAGGUUGGCGACAGUCUGCUGGAGACCAGCUGCGGAUCCCCCCACUACGCCUGCCCCGAGGUGAUCCGGGGGGAGAAGUAUGACGGCCGUAAGGCAGACGUGUGGAGCUGCGGCGUGAUCCUGUUCGCCCUGCUGGUGGGGGCUCUGCCCUUUGAUGACGACAACCUGCGGCAGCUGCUGGAGAAGGUGAAGCGGGGCGUGUUCCAUAUGCCGCACUUCAUCCCGCCCGACUGCCAGAGCCUGCUGCGCGGCAUGAUCGAGGUGGACGCGGCCCGGCGCCUCACGCUAGAGCACAUUCAGAAACACAUAUGGUAUAUAGGGGGCAAGAACGAGCCAGAGCCAGAGCAGCCCAUCCCCCGCAAGGUGCAGAUCCGCUCGCUGCCCAGCCUGGAGGACAUUGACCCCGAUGUGCUGGACAGCAUGCACUCUCUGGGCUGCUUCCGGGACCGCAACAAGCUGCUGCAGGACCUGCUGUCCGAGGAGGAAAACCAGGAGAAGAUGAUUUAUUUCCUUCUCCUGGACCGGAAAGAAAGGUACCCGAGCCAUGAGGACGAGGACCUGCCCCCCAGAAAUGAAAUAGACCCUCCCCGGAAGCGUGUGGACUCCCCAAUGCUGAACCGGCACGGCAAGCGGCGGCCUGAACGCAAGUCCAUGGAGGUGCUCAGCGUGACGGACGGUGGCUCCCCGGUGCCCGCACGACGGGCCAUCGAGAUGGCCCAGCAUGGCCAGAGGUCCAGGUCCAUCAGCGGCGCCUCCUCGGGCCUGUCCACCAGCCCGCUGAGCAGCCCCCGGGUGACCCCUCACCCCUCUCCAAGGGGCAGUCCCCUCCCCACCCCUAAGGGGACGCCUGUGCACACGCCCAAGGAGAGCCCGGCAGGUACGCCCAACCCCACGCCACCGUCCAGCCCCAGCGUCGGAGGGGUGCCCUGGAGGACGCGGCUCAACUCCAUCAAGAACAGUUUCCUGGGGUCACCCCGCUUCCACCGCCGGAAACUGCAGGUUCCAACACCCGAAGAGAUGUCCAACCUGACCCCGGAGUCCUCUCCAGAGCUUGCCAAGAAGUCCUGGUUUGGGAACUUCAUCAACCUGGAGAAGGAGGAGCAGAUCUUCGUGGUCAUCAAGGACAAGCCCCUGAGCUCCAUCAAAGCUGACAUUGUUCACGCCUUCCUGUCGAUCCCCAGCCUCAGCCACAGCGUCAUCUCCCAGACAAGCUUCCGGGCUGAGUAUAAGGCGACGGGGGGCCCGGCGGUGUUCCAGAAGCCGGUCAAGUUCCAGGUGGACAUCACCUACACCGAGGGCGGGGCGGCACAGAAGGAGAAUGGCAUCUAUUCCGUCACAUUCACGCUCCUGUCAGGCCCCAGCCGCCGCUUCAAGAGGGUCGUGGAGACCAUUCAGACCCAGCUACUGAGCACACAUGACCAGCCCUCCGCCCAGCAUUUGUCAGACACCACUAACUGUAUGGAAAUGAUGACGGGGAGGCUUUCCAAAUGUGGCAGCCCAUUGAGUAACUUCUUUGACGUAAUUAAACAACUUUUUUCAGACGAGAAGAACGGGCAGGCGGCCCAGGCCCCCAGCACGCCCGCCAAGCGGAGUGCCCACGGCCCCCUCGGUGACUCCGCGGCCGCUGGCCCCGGCCCUGGAGGGGACGCCGAGCACCCGACGGCCAAGGACACGGCCAGGACGGGGCCGCCCGCCGCCCGCCGCGAGCAGCCUUAG